GUUUUUCACAUAUCAUUAUGGCGUUUAAUGAAAAAAUCUCUAGUAGCCAAGCCUCCUUCAAACUUCAAAUUUGCAUUUCGGGCUAUGGUUUUAGACACGGUCUUCCUGGACUCCCUCUCAGAGGACACCUCUUUGGCGGAAUGGGUAGACCUUAAAUACUGUAUGCCAAUAAAUGAGAAGGAGUAUUCUCCUGAAGAGGUAGCUGCUGCAGUGAAAAUUCAGUCCAUGUGGAAAGGGACCUAUGUUAGACUUCUCUUAAAAGCUCGAAUGCCAGACACAAAGGAAAAUGCCAGCGUUGCAGAUACACUUCAAAAAAUUUGGACAUCUUUAGAAACAAAUAUGGAGCAAUAUUCACUUUCUCUCCUAAGACUAAUGUUUAAAAGCAAGUGUAAGUCUAUGGAGUCUUAUCCAUGUUACCAAGAUGAAGAGACUAAGGUGGCCUUUGCUGACCAUAUGGUGAACCAUCCAGACCAGCCACCGAAUUCUUGGUUUAUAGUAUUCAGAGAAACAUUUUUUGUCCCUCAAGAUAUGGUCAUAGUUCCCAAAGUAUAUACUACACUCCCGGUCUGUAUGCUGCACGUCAUUAACAAUGACACGAUGGAGCAGGUACCCAAGGUGUUUCAGAAAGUGGUGCCUUAUCUUUACACCAAAAACAAGAAAGGGUACACAUUCGUGGCUGAAGCGUGUACUGGCGACUCAUAUGUGCCGGGUGCACGGUGGAAACUGCGGCUCAUUGGCUCUUACAACCCGCUCCCAUUUCUUUCCCGAGACUCUCCGUGCAACACCUUCACCAUAAAGGAAAUCAGGGACUACUACAUCCCCAGUGACAAGACAAUCCUCUUCAGGUACUCUGUUAAAGUGACAGUGGCACAGUGCAUUACAGUACAAGUUCGCACAUCCAAACCCGACGCCUUCAUCAAGCUGCAAGUACUGGAAAGCGAGGAGGUCAUGGUGAGCACCAUCGGCAAAGGGCAAGCCAUCAUUCCUGCCUUUUACUUCCUUGGAAGUGAAAGAGCAUUGAGCUCCCAGUCUAGCAAGCAAAUUCUCCUAUCUCAUUCUUCAACUAAGAAAGAAACAGAGGUGAUAACCAAGAAAAAAGCUGCCCAAACAAGUCAGAAAUCUUUUAAGGGAAGACCUGGAAUUGUGGCAGCAGAAGCAGGUCUGCCUCUGCUGGAAGAAGAUGUUGUGUCUAUACCCACUACAGAAGAAAGUUCUAGCACACCACAGCAGAUAGAGGCGAAACUAUCAAUUAAAGGAGAAAAGUGCUACAAGUACAUCAUACAGUGCUUGGUGCUGUUUAACAGCUGGCCUCUCACUGAAACUCAGCUGACAUUUGUUCAAGCACUAAAAGACUUAGAGAAAUUUGAUAUGAAAGCUCAUGUGGAGAAACAUGAAGAAUUGAUUACCACAGGAAGCCCAGAUUUCCAUGCUGUCAGUGAAGGGCAGAAAUCUGUAGGAACUUCCAAAACAUCAAGGAAAGGCAAGGAGAAGGCUGCGGAGAAAGAAAAGUCAGUCAAAGAAAAACAGGCUCCUCGCUUUGAGCCUCAGCAAGUACCCACCAUUCACCCUCAGCAAGAUGAUCCAAACAAACCCUACUGGAUUUUGAGGCUGGUCUCUGAACACAGCGAGUCAGACUAUGUUGACGUGAAAAAAGACACAGAACGAGCAGAUGAAAUACGAGCCAUGAAGCAAGCUUGGGAGACAACUGAGCCAGGGAGGGCUAUCAAGGCUUCUCAGGCACGUUUGAAGUACCUCAACAAAUACUUUAAGAAGACAAGUGACACCUCCGUUCCUGUUCCCGUUCCUGCUUCCGCCCCCGUUCCGGCGUCCGGUCCAGUUCCCGGUUCUGUCCCUGUCAUGGCCUCUGAGACUUUGCCUUCUAUUCAGAGCCAAACUAAAUCCUCAGAAGAAGGAGAGCUAGCAGGAGGUACUGGGAAAGAUGCCAAAGAAGAGACCAAAGAACUGCCGCCAGCUGCAGCCGGAAGUGUGCUGUGGAAGAAGUGGUCCAAGGUGAGGGAUCUGGCAAAAUCCACAAGCAAUGACAAGGACCUGAAGGAACAGAAAGAGCCGAAAGAGCCGAAAGAGCCGAAAGAGCCGAAAGAGCCGAAAGAGCCGAAAGAGCCCAGUCCAGCGCUGAGCACCGUGGGUGCGAUGACCGUCCUGAGUGUGCUGACUUCCCCGGCCCCACGGAAGGGGAUCCCUACUCCUGUGCCCCAUAUACGAUCUCGGACAGUUUUGGAAAUGUCUCCACGCCUCAUUCGAAAAGCACUAGAAUUUAUUGACUUCAGUCAUUAUGUACGGAAAGUAACUGAUGAGGCUGUGCUGCAAACAGACGAACUGAACAAGCAGCAAUCUAUGCAGAAAGCAGAAGAAAUCCACCAGUUCCGACAGUAUAGGUCCCGAAUCCUCAGCUUCAGAGACAUUGAACAGGAAGAACGGUUUAAGCUAAGGGAUGAGGUCCUGGACAUGUAUGGGGAGAUGCGGGACUCUGUAGAUGAAGCCCGGCAGAAGAUCCUUGAUGCCCGGGAAGAAUACAGAAACAAGUUGCUGGAGGCUGAGCGCCUGAGGCUGGAAGCUUUGGCAGCUCAGGAGGCUGCCAUGAAGGCAGAGUCAGAGAAGAAGUCUCCGGCUUCUGACUCGCAGAAGAAGAAAGGGAAGAAAAAGUAACUACGCUGUAUAGGGAAGGAGUUACUUUGCCUUAUCCCUUUGCCUUUUAAUAAAACAUUAGACCAAUUGAAACUGGAGAAAA